AAAAAUGACUUUAUUGGAACAGUUCUCUAUGUCAAUGUCUUGACUAAGAACCAUGCAGUGUUUGUGUAAACGAUCUAAAAGACUCCAGUGUUUGUCCCCAAUUUAAAAAUUAUUGUUAAAUGUUUAGUGAAAGUUUUAGCAUUUCAUUCAUACGGUUUGUUUAGCUAACUUGUGUGCGUUACGAGUGUGUAAAAAGUUAAUAAACUUGACAAAAAUAAAAAACAAUAAAAUCGCAUCUGACAAGGCCACGAUUUUUUGGGGCAACUGUCAUCAAUUAGCACCUUAGUUAUCAAUUUUUAAUUGUUCCGCCAGCUUAAAUGAGAUUAAAUAUUAUUGUAGUUAAAUUUGUUAACGUGCAGCGAUAAGAUAAGUAAUAACAUAUUCUGAAGGUGUAAGUUUAAAAUAUUGUUCACGCUAAUUCAUUCCGCGAUGGGUCUUUGUAAGGCUGUGUUGGUUUAUUGUUUUCUGUUUCUGACGACAGAAGGAAAAUCGUUGGCAAAAAAUGACCAAGGAGAACCUUUUGAGUUGAAUGAAUAUUUAUUAGGGACGUUCUCAACAAGAAGCUUUAACGGAUCGUGGCUCACUGGAGACUCCUUCCUGUACCGAGAUUUAGCAGGUGAUAUUUCUCUUUUUAACGCGAGCGAUAGAAGCUCCGACAAAUUUCUUCUCAGAGAUGUUUUGUCAGACUAUCCAGGUGCUUCGACUGGUGUAUCAGCAGAUCGACUUUAUAUCCUGAUUAGAUAUAACGUUCAAGCUGUAUUUCGACACUCGACAACUGCUCUUUACGCCAUCUACGACAUCGAAAACAAUGAGUAUUACGAUGUAGCCGGCAAAAACCAAUCCCAGUAUGCCCAGUGGGCACCUCAAGGCCAUGGGCUUGUCUACGUCUAUUUAAACAAUUUAUAUUACCUGGAGGACCCAGCGGGUGAACCCAGAGCCUUAACUAUUGACGGAAAGCCCGGAGUCUUAUAUAACGGUGUCCCGGAUUGGGUUUACGAGGAGGAGGUUCUGGGGACGGGUUCGGCACUUUGGUUUUCGCCAAAUGGUCAACAACUGGCGUUCGCUUCGUUUGAUGACACCAACGUCGAAGAGUUUACGUAUUUCAUUUAUGGUACUCCUGGAGACAUGAACGAUCAGUACCCUAAAAACGUGACUAUAAGAUAUCCGAAAGUGGGUACUACCAAUCCUGUUGUGAAAAUAUACGUCGCUAGUUUAGAAACUGGUGAAGAAGUGCAGGUACCGAAUGAAAUAAAAGCGAUUCCUGAAAAAUGGACACAAGAUCUGGAUUAUGUUCUGUAUGAUAUCGUGUGGAUUACUGACGAGGAGAUGGCAAUUCUUUAUUCAAAUCGGGUUCAAAAUCAAGCUGAACUUCUCAGGUGUAACAAACACGCCGAAUGUAACGCAGAGCCGGAAGCUACGUACCAGGAGGAAAAUGGUUGGUUGGAACCACAUCUCCCUAAGUACAAUAAGGACGGUACUCAAAAGAUUGAAAUUUUGGCACAAGCUCAAGGAAACGAUAAAUUUGAUCAUAUAGUGUUUACGGAGAUAGAAACAAAUAAUGUUACAAGAUUGACAGAAGGACCGUUUUAUGUUUUAAGUAUAUAUGGCUGGGACGAAGAGAAUAAUCUCAUUUACUUCCUUCGGAGUGGUGAUAAUGCACCAUACCAGCGUUAUGUUUACGUAAUUCAUAUUGACUCUCAAGAAUCCAAAUGUUUGACUUGUGACAUGACUACUUCAAGAGGACCUUGUACCUAUGCUUCAGCUUCUUUCAGUAAAGAUCUUAGCUACGUUACUAAAAUUUGCCAAGGACCUGGACCCUAUCUUGUUGAGAUUCAAAGCACACAAGAUGACACUGACAUUUUGACGUGGGAAAACAACCAGCGUUUGGUUGACUUGCUUGCCCCAAAGGCAAUACCUGUCAUCAAAGAUUUAAGAGUGCCUGUCGGUGACGGUUUCGAAGCCAACGUUCGCUUGCUUCUCCCUCCAGGGCUCGACGAGAACGACUCCAAAAAAUAUCCUGCAGUAGUUAACGUCUAUGGAGGACCCAAUUACAACCAAAUCAACGACGCGUAUUCCUCUGGUUUCCAGAACUACAUAGUGACAAAUCGAGAGUACAUCUACGUGUACAUCGACGGCAGAGGAAGUGGAAUCGAUGGGCAAAAUAAAACCUUCCAAGUGUACAGGAAGUUGGCAACAGCUGAAAUCCAAGAUCAGAUCCUAGCUAUGAAAUGGCUACAAGAAAACUUGCCCUACAUCGAUGCUAAUAACACCGGAAUCUGGGGCUGGAGUUAUGGCGGUUUUGCCACCGCUUGGGUUCUAGUCCAGGACACAGAAAACGUUUUUAAAUUUGGUUUAUCGGUGGCCCCGGUAACCAGCUUUAUUUAUUACGAUUCCAUUUAUACCGAACGGUAUAUGGGACUGCCGGACGAAAAUUCGGGCGGCUAUAAUAACACGGACGUCACGCGGAACGUGGAGGCGAUGCGGGGUAAAUUGUUUUUCUUAAUUCAUGGUAAUGCCGACGAUAACGUCCACUACCAGCAGUCCAUGCUGUUAUCGAAAGCUUUGGAGGAAGCGGAUAUACAGUUCCAGCAACAAAGCUAUCCAGACGAGAAUCAUAGUUUAGGCGGCGUGUACCCCCAUUUGUACCACACUAUUGAUCGGUUCUGGGCCAGAAGUUUCGGCUUGCCUGACCCUCCGGCUACGCGGAUUGUUAUGCCGAAGGUGGAAGAUUAGUGGAUUUGCAUUUAAUAAAAGAAAGUAAAAAAAGCGUGUUAUUUAUUGGAUUGGAGUUGCAGUUCUGCACCGAACCAUAUCUCAUCAAGAGCUUGUAAAGUUUUGUCAUUUAUAGUCCAAAUUUUGUCCUAACUUGGCUUUAAUUAAACAAAGAUAAUUGUUAAA